CUCCAUCCCCCUUUUCAAGAAAAAGGGAGCAGAGAAAAUUAGAAAUAGAGAGAGACAUGGAAUAUUAUAGUGACAAUGGCUUCUUAUUACUAGCUCUAAGAAGUGACUCACGGGAAACAUCUCUUCCCAUAGAAAUGAAUGAUUUAUAUUACAAUAAUGGCUGGAAUUAUGAAUGUUUUGGGGAAAAUGCUGUUCCAAUUCCUCUUCCUUGUACUACUACUACUACUACCUCUUCUUUUGAGGAUUACUCAUUUGACCAAAACCUGAAUAAUUCAUUAAUCAGUGAAUUUUACAGCACACAGCUAGAGCUCACUAAUUCUUCCAACAACUGGUUUGGCACUCCUUUCACUUCCCAAUUACAAGAUUUGGAGGUGGAAAAUUUUGCUUGUAAAUUGGAGAGAACAGAAUCAGCAGUAACAGCCCCUACUUUCAACAUUGGCAGCUUGUGCCCUGAGAAAAAGGUCAAUACAAAGAAGCUAAAUGGGCAGCCUUCUAAGAAUUUAAUGGCUGAGAGAAGGAGAAGGAAACGGCUCAAUGAUCGUCUUUCCAUGCUUAGAUCAGUUGUUCCCAAGAUUAGCAAGAUGGACAGAACGUCAAUCGUUGGAGACACCAUCGACUACACGAAGGAGCUUCUUGAGAAAAUCAACAAUUUGCAAGAAGAAAUGGAACUAGGGCCAAAUCAACUAAGCUUGAUGAGCAUUUUCAAGAAUGAAAAACCCAUCGAAAUAUUUGUCCGAAAUUCACCUAAGUUUGAUGUGGAAAGGAGGAAUAUUGAUACAAGGGUGGAGAUUACUUGUGCAGGAAAGUCUGAUCUUUUGCUAUCAACAUUGACCACACUAGACGCCUUAGGUUUAGAGGCUCAACAUUGUGUUAUCAGCUGUUUCAAUGAUUUUGCAAUGCAAGCUUCUUGCUUUGAGGAAAUGGAGCAGAGAGGAUUUACAAAUGCAGAAGACAUAAAGCAGGCACUAUUCAGAAAUGCUGGAUAUGUAGGAAAAUGUCUCUAGUUUUGACCAAAUUUAAAGGGAAAUAAAAAAUGGGGAAAGGUGUGGAUUGAAUUAUGUUAAAGGGUAAUUUUUUUUUAAAAAUAAUUCUGGUUACUUCAAUACAGCAUAGAUUCUUGAAUCUGCAUAUUGUUUUUUGUUCAAGUUUGGAGCUCUCUAGUUAGAAGUUGCAGCAGUGACCCUUUUGUUCUUUUGUCAUCCAAAAUAAGUGGCUUCUACUAA